CGUGAUACAAGUUGUAAUUCUGGACACAAGUCGUGCAGUAUCAAAUAGGUAAGUGCUUACUACCCUGGACAACAAAGCAAAAUUUUCGAUGAAGAACGCAAUAUCGAACAAAAUGGACACCUUUCUCCGCGAGCCCUUUCGCACGCGCACCACGCUCUACGGGACCGAAAGGGACGCGUUUGUUGCCACGUCCCAGCCGCUCGCGACCCAAGCGGGGCUGGAGAUUUUGCGAAGAGGGGGCAACGCGGCCGACGCAGCCAUCGCCACGUGCUUGGUCCUAUUAACUGCAAAAGUAUCGUACUGUAGUAUAAACCGCAUGACAAAUUUCCUCAGCGUGAGAAAUGAAAUCUGUAAUGUGGAUUAAAUUUAAGAAAAAGAUUUGUAAUGCGUGACUGCAAUACGAGUGCGAUGCUUUUGCAUAGGAUAGGGCCUGAACGUCGUCGAGCCGUGCUGCUGCGGAUUGGGCGGUGACGCUUUUGCUUUGUACUGGAAAGAAGACGAAAAGCGAGUGUACGGCAUGAACGCAAGUGGUCGCAGUCCGAAGGCGUUGACGCGGGAAAGGGUUGUCGAGGAUGUUGCUAAUACUGCUGAAGUAGAUCAAUUUGCAAUGAAACGAGAAACUACGACUGGUGACGCCGACAAUGAUAUCCACGAUAGUACUACCCCUAUGAUUCCCGAAACCAUCCCGGAAAACUCUGUGCACGCAGUGACGGUUCCCGGCGCAGUCGCUGGCUACAUGGAUUUCCUGGACAAAUUUGGUUCCGGUAACGUCAUAUCAAAUGCAAAUAUGUCUGGGUCUGGAAGAGUGUGAUCUUGCUUGUGCAUGACGUAGAAGGUCUGGCAUGAAAGUCCUAGCAACACAGGUUUUUGAGCAGGCUAGGCGAUGCCCAAUCGGCAUGACAAAUUCCCUCUUUUGGUGACAAGAAAUGGAUAACUUUUGCGGUCCAUGCAUGACAGAUUUUGUUCUGGUCUCAAAUGCGAAUCAGAAGUUUACAUGUUUCCAGACCCAGACAUACUUGCAAUGCCCAUACGUCAGCAGGGAGGAGAUUUUCUCCUUCGCGAUUGAUUUCGCGGAAAACGGAUUUCCCGUCGGCAUCUGGACCGGAGGCUUGUGGGAAAGCUGCGAAGCGUUUCUGCAAGAGAGCGCACGAAAAGGGUUUCACGGGGAGGAGUUGUUGAUGGAGCAGGCAGCAACUAGAAAUAGCUCUACACGAAGAUCGAGCGAGGGGGCCGAGGGUCGUGAGGAGGUUGGCAAGAAUCAUGGAGCAAACAAGUCAGAAACUUCUAAAGCAGCGCCAAACACGGUCAAAGACCACGGUGUGAUGGUCAACAAAAACAUCGCAACCGUUCUGCGGAGGAUUUGCUGCGAGGGAAAGCCCGGGUUUUACGAGGGCGAAACUGCGAGAAAAAUCCUCGACGUCUUGACGGUCGCUCAGAAAAAGCAGAAUUUGCCGGAAAGCUGCAUGACGCUGGAGGACUUGCGGUGGCACCAGGAGUUCGGGGUGGAUAUUUUUGGGGCAAACGACGAAGCUGUUGGCCUCGGGGGACACACAGAAGAGGGCUCGGCGAUUUUUUCCAAGUCGGCAACCAAGCAACGAAUCCUGUCUGUCACCUACCGAGACAAAAUCCGCAUCCACGAGAUGCCGCCCAACGGGCAGGGUAUCACGAGAAAAAAGUACAUACGUACAGUUGCAGCCCCUGCAUGCUGCAAGACGGUCGAGGACGACCUUUGUCAUGUUGCGCAAUAAACUGUUUGCGUGCAGCCUCCGCCCCGUUUCGUGCAGCGUGUGUUUUCGCUUCUGAUCUCUGCAUCGCAAGUUUCCUCUGUCCACAACAUGGCAAAAUGGUUUGUCUUGCUGAUAUGUUAUACCACAGCAAGAGUGUAAAGAAGAACUGUAAAACACUUUUUUCUUCGGAUACAGCGCAUUGCGGCAUUGGUUGGGCUGAACAUUCUGGAGAACUUUGAUUUCGACCAACUUCUUCGAGAGGCCGACUCAUUAAAAGUGUCGCGGAAUAAAGUUGACCGGGAACAACAUCAAAUAGAUGGAAAUGCCGACCAAGAAGCCCAGCGUGUGCACACACUAGUGGAGUGCAUGAAGCUGGCUUUCUAUCGCAAGAAAAAACUGUUUCACUGUGAUGAACUUGUGAUGCAGAAAAUGCAUGAUCACUGAAGUCUUUGUCUUGCUGCACAUGCAAGACAAGUGAUUUUUAGCGGUGUUUUCCCUAUAGGAUCCUCGCGUGGCAGGUUUUCAUUGUAAUGUGUAGCGAAUUUGUAAUGCAAAACUUGCAAAAUCCUUACAGUGAAACAGUUUUUUCUUCCGAUACUUUCCACGAAACCAACUUCUACAUAGCAGACAUGGACUUCUACAGGGAAGAUGAUUUGGAUCUCAACGCGGAAGUUGAGCAUCCCGGCCUCCCACGACCCUAUCCCCACCUGCCCAUCGAGACGCUUCUGUCUAAGGAAUACGCGAAGAAAUUGAGUUAUGGAAGCGUCAGGUUUGAAAUCGACAAAGUUGAAAUGAUUUGUCAUGCAUAAAAUCCACGGCAUGAAAUGCCUGUCUUGCCGGGAUGGCAAGCGAGGCCGACUGUCAGCCUGUUUAGGGUUUGAAGUAGAGCUGCUAAAGUAGCAUGAGCAGUCGUCUGUGCCCAAACAGCACGACAAAUUGGAUUCCGGUGCUCGGAAAAUUUGUCAUGCGCCGCUUGGAAAUUGGGCUUCCGACUGGUAUCGAUUUUAUGCAUUACAUACAAGUUAUUUCAUCAACUUUGACGAUUUCAAACCUCACGCUUUCAUAUGAGUGAAUUGAUAAAGCCGGACUCCACGGUGGAGGAUAGGGUCGGGGAAAUCGAGAAAAUCCGCAGGGAAUUUGCGACGAACAUGGUUCGUGGAAGUGAUUAUACCCGGUCGUGUACUAGCGCCACAGUAAAAACAAACCAGGAUGAAGUGCGAAGCUGCAGCAGCAGCAUACUGUCAAAAGGUGUUGAAGUUGACCACAAUACCAACGAGAGCUUCUGCGCCGACUUUUUGUCGGACGUCAAAAAAAAGCAUGGUCUUGGUCACAACAAAAAAGGUUCACCACAAGAACUCGCCACCCGAGCAAAACUAGAAACGACUUCCACCUCGAAGAUAAAAAGUGGAUCAACAAAUAAAACCACCUCUGCGCCGGAGAGAACAAGUGGCUCCUCGUCGUUCACCCCAACGAACCAGUCUCACACGACGCAGUUUUGCGUGAUGGACUUUGCGGGUAACGCGGUCUCGUUUAUUCAGUCCAACUACAACAAAUUUGGCACGAAUUUCGUCCCGGAAAGCUGCGGUUUUACCCUGCAGAAUCGCGGGGCGAAUUUUCAUCUGCGGGAUAUCAAAUUCAAAAAUUUCUGGGUCUGGAAGAAUGCGCGAUUUGUCAUGCAGCGUUUCCAUGACCCAUGACGUCUGGAAUGCGAGACCCAGCAUGACAGAUUCUUUGAGGUCUCUAUCAUGCCUGUCCUGCAUGAGAAACUCCCUCUCAACUUGGUCAAAAGGGGACAGCUGUUGGCACUCAUGCAACACAGAUUUCUGCAUGAUUCGGAUUUAGCAUGACAAGUUGCAAUCUUCCAGACCCAAGCAUUUUUGCAUUUCAUACGGGACAAAUAUCACCCAAAUUGCGUCGCCGGCGGGAAACGGUAUCCUGUGCAAAAGUAUCGUACUCGUAUUGCAAUCAUGCAUUGCAAAUCUUUUUCUUAAAGUAAAUCAGCAUUAUAAAUUUUCUUUCUCAUGCUGAGGAGAUUCAUUUAUACGAGUACGAUACUUUUGCAAUUCAUAAACGGAGCUAUCAUACGAUUAUCCCCGGAUUGGCCACUACGGUAGGAGUAGGACGAGGAACUUCUUGUAAAUUAGAGCGACGAGGAGGGGAACAAGAUAUUAAGUCUUCAUCUUCGCGAACAAGCACACUUUUGAUGAAUUUGGCUUUCGUGUUCGGAAACAUGGGGGGCUUCAUGCAGCCACAAGGACAUGUGCAGCUGGUCCACAAUUUGAUUGACCGAAAGAUGGACCCGCAGAGGGCGAUAUGCAUCUUCGCAAAUAUGGUCUUUGGGUCUGGAAGAGUGCUGCAACGUUUGCUAUAAUGCUUGUUGUAAUGCUCGAGCCUGUCAUGCACGUAAGAGCCUGUUUUUUUUGUCACGCGGACGAGACGCAGUUUGUCAUGCAGAAUGCUCUUCUACACAUAUUACCAUCUCAGAAACUUGUCAUGGCGGGCGGUCGAAAAAUUUUGCGGUACGAGACCCUCAUGAAGACUCGCCGACCAGCAUGAUCACAAAUUUCCAGGCCACGACAUAUUUUUUUGCAUUGGAUAGGCGAUUGACUUUCCCAGAUUUUGCAUCCAGCCCGCGGGAAACGCGGCGCCGCGGAUCAUUCGUGAUAGGCCUGAUGGAAUAAAGAAGAUGAACUUGGUAGACCACGGCUCUACUACUUCCCAGGACGAGGAAUCGCGACCGGUUGAUGUUACUGGUUCUACCACUGUAGCAGGAGCAGGAACAGCGCCAGGAUUACUCUUUGAUGCCCCGGAUGAAAGAGCGACAACCACAACCCGAGAAAACUGCGAAAACAGAGCUACGAUUUUCCUUGAGCGAGGGCUUGUGUUUGAGAAAGAAGAGGACUUGGUGCUGGCAGUGGACAAAAACCACUGUGCAGAUCAAAAACAUUUAUUUCCUGACCCUCGCGCAGGAGAUGAACCGCAGCACAAUGAUGUUGCGUCGAGAAGCAUUUCAGUUUCUCCUGCAUCGUGUCCACCUGCUAGAAGAAAAACAAAUUGUGGCCUCUUCAGCAAGAACAAUCAACUUGUGUUUGCCGACGGGGCGCAACGGGCGACUUUUGGCCGGGCACAAAUCAUUGGGUAUGCGGAUUUGAUGCGUGGUCGUGGGGAAACAAGCCAAAGCACCAGCAGGGAUGUUGCAAAGGAGAACGAGAUCGGAAGUGGGGAAGAUCUUCACGACGCGAGGAGAAAUAAUUCAGCUGCAGCGCCAGUAGAAGUACAGAAGCAGUUUUUUAGUAGAGUCAGAUGCGCGGGGUCUGAAAGUAGAUGUGACGGUUGUGUAUUCUCUGUGCGGAAAGUGAUAUAAACUAAUUGAAAAGUGAUUUUAUCAACAAUUAUCGCAAAUAAAAUCCAAUGCCAAUGCGUAUGCUGAAUUUGGAAGGCAAGAAACACAAACAAAGAUAAAGAUGAAGAUCCAUAUUAACCCAGAGCAACGAG